AUGGCUCGCUCAAACAUCCUUGAUUGCACCAAAUCCUCAAGAGCUCCUAUUAUUCGUAUUUAUGGCGCCUCGUCUUUAGGCCUUAAAACAUGUCUGCAUGUUCAUCAAGUGUAUCCUUAUUUUUUUGUGGAUUACCUUGGACAACUCGAUCCAAAUCAUAUAAGCCACUACAUUGCCAAGUUGACGCGCUCCCUAAAUCAUGCCAUUGCUAUAUCCUUGAAACGGGAUCCACAUUCUCCCAACUCUCAAUUUGUCCGUGCCAUUAUUCUUGUCAAGGGGGUCCACUUUUAUGGCUUUCAUUCGUCAUAUUCGCCUUUCCUGAAGGUCUAUAUCUCGGAUCCGGCGUUUGUCAAUCGUUCGGCGACUAUCCUACGAUCUGGAAUCGUCAUGGGAACUCGUUUUCGCGUGUUUGAAAGCCACUUGAGUUAUAUCCUGCAGUUUCUUUGUGAUUUCAGUCUUUACGGCUGCGGCUGGAUUGACUUAGGGGAAGUUUGGCAGCGUGGUGCAGAUGAGCAAGAAGACCCAGGGCUGGAUCUUCAGAGUAAGUUCAAGUCAUCCCCAUGUUUCCGACAGUCCCGGAUGUCACUUGAAGUCGACGUGGUGCCUGGCCAAAUUCUCAAUCGCCAUCUACUGGGGGCGCGAAAUCUGCACCACAAGCUGACGAUACCUGGGCCUCAUCUACCAUCGGAGCCAUUAGUUCUUAGCAUGCGAGAGCUAUGGGAGGAUGAACGUCAACGUAGAAUCGCCGCGGGACUUUCACCGUCGCCUGACAUCCCUGUUGAUCCAAGUGAGAAAUCCAGGACAGCAGGCGGAGAGUGGGUGGCAGAAGCAAGGUGGUGGGACGAGAUUAGGAUGAGGAUUGAACGGGAGAGACAUCAAGAUGCGCAACCGAAGGAGGUGAGCUGGGAGAGGUGGACCAUGACGACAUUCGAGAGCGUGGAGGCUUUGUGGGAGGACGGCUAUAAGACGUGGCGACCAGAACAAACAGAAGGCCAAAUUUUGCUCGAAGAAUAUAACCCUUACGAAGCCUCAGUGGCUGCAACACGAAGCCGCAGAGCAGAAUCUCAGGAUGGAACGGCCGAGAUAGACGUAGACGAGACUAUUUUACGCAGCCAAGAACUUUCGAUCUUGGUUGAACAUGAAGAAGCAGAGUGGACGAAGCUCAUCGAUGGCGACAGGAUUGUAUCCACCAGUGACAUGGAUCAAAAUCUACCGGACGAUGGUGUACCCUUCGACCUUGAUGACCAUGCUGUAUCCUUCCCGACGACACCAAUCCGUGAUAAGGAAAGUAGGGACACAAAAAAGCUUCACAAUCAAUCAUCACAACCUUCGUCGUUCUUGAUCAAGGCGGCAAACACUUACAUCUACAUUCGUGCUCCACCGCCAUUAGUUCAGCUGUUCUCGACCGUCAAUGACCACGGCAUCCCAAGCAAGAUAUACCGCAAUCCAUAUUACUCCAAAAUGAUUGAUGCUAAAGACAGGCCUCGGGAGUACGCAGGCUUGGUCUAUCAUCUGCAUGGUGGCAGUGGAUUGAAAUUCUUAAAGGAGUGGAGUCUUGAUUCCGAUGCUCGGAUGAAAGAGGAUAUCAAUCGGGUUUCACCGUGGGUUCUAACUGAUAUGGAAUUUGGAGGUUGGGAAUAUGGACACUCACCUCCAAGUGUCAGGGAGGUGAGUAGAUGGAUAAAGACCCAGGGAAAAGUCGAUCAUGAUGUGAGGUCUAAGCUAAAUUCGCAGAUUGAGGGUCCGACACAACUCAACCCAUUCGGUUUGAAGACGUCGCCUACAGAUCACCAAUUAAUCACCACUGGGAGAGAAAAGCAAAGCAUGACAAUCCUUUCCCUCGAGAUUUUCGCACCGUCGCGGGAAAAUCUUCUUCCGAAUGCUGAUACUGAUGAGAUUGCCAUUGCUUUCUAUGCAUAUGAAAAUUCUGACGACGGCUCGCACCCUGAUAGAACUUCUGCUUGCAGAAAAGGUAUCAUUGCUAUUCAAUGCGCACAGCUUGAUCCUCGAAAGUUGCGCGAUUUUUCCCUAGAGCUUGUAUCGACUGAAUUGGACCUCAUCAACAAAGUCAUCGACACCGUUCUGGACUUGGACCCAGACAUCAUCACCGGUUGGGAGAUACAGGCCGCUUCUUGGGGGUACAUCAAUGCACGAGCUCGGCAUUUCGGAUUCGACCUUGCCGAGCAGAUAUCCCGGGCUCCGAGCCGUACUUUUGGUACAGGAAACGAGCAAUGGGGUCUGCGGACAACUUCGACAUUCCGCGUUGCGGGCCGACACGUUCUAAAUGUCUGGCGAAUAAUGCGUGCCGAGCAGAGCUUGAACAUAUACACCUUCGAGAACGCUGUAUUCCAUCUACUUAGACGGCGGGUUCCAAAAUACAGUUCGAUCACUCUCACAGAGUGGUACAACAGUGGUACUUCCACACAUACUGCGGCAUUGUUACGCUACUUUGCACAGCGUUCAUCGAUGGUCCUAGACAUGCUUGACGAAGCUGAAACAAUAACCAAGACAGCUGAAUUCGCCCGUGUUUUCGGGGUCGACUUCUUUUCUGUGAUCAGUCGCGGAUCUCAGUUCAAAGUCGAAUCUUUCAUGUUUCGAAUUGCCAAGCCCGAGAGUUUUGUCCUGUUAUCCCCGAGUAAACAAGACGUUGGAAAACAGAAUGCUGCCGAAUGCAUGCCUCUCAUUAUGGAGCCCCUCUCGGCAUUUUACAACAGCCCUCUUAUUGUGUUAGACUUUCAGUCUCUCUAUCCUUCAGUCAUGAUUGCCUACAACUAUUGCUACUCUACUUGCCUUGGGCGUGUCGUGCCUUUCAAGGGCCAGAACAAGUUUGGUGUGACAGAGCUCACUCAUCCCCCCGGGCUGCUCAAUGCUCUCCAGGAUUAUAUCACAGUCGCACCUAAUGGAAUGAUGUACGUUAAGUCACAAGUGCGUAGAGGCCUGCUCAGCCGCAUGCUAUCUGAGCUACUGGAGACACGAGUCAUGGUCAAACAAGCUAUGAAAGGAGUCAAGGGUAACAAAGCCCUCAAGAAGAUAUUAGACGCUCGACAGUUGGGCCUUAAAUACAUAUCAAACGUCACUUAUGGAUACACCAGUGCGACAUACUCUGGAAGGAUGCCUGCAGUCGAAAUAGCAGACAGCAUUGUGCAAACAGGUAGAGAGACACUUGAGAAGGCUAUCACGUACAUCGAGUCAACCAGUAGGUGGGGAGCUCGUGUGGUGUACGGUGAUACAGACUCUCUCUUCAUUUACCUGAGUGGCAAGACCAAAGAUCAGGCAUUCAGGAUUGGACAUGAUAUAGCGGAGACUAUAACAGCAAUGAACCCAGCCCCAAUAAAGCUCAAGUUCGAAAAAGUCUAUCUCCCAUGCGUUUUAAUGGCCAAGAAACGAUACGUGGGCUUCAAAUACGAAACCACAGAUGAUACUGAACCUGCUUUCGAUGCAAAAGGCAUCGAGACAGUUCGCCGAGACGGGGUUCCCGCCCAGCGGAAGAUGACAGAGACAGCGCUCAAGAUUCUCUUCCGCUCCCAGGACCUUAGUGAGGUGAAGGAGUAUUGUUGUAGAUCAUGGUCAAAGAUAUUGGAAAACAAAAUCUCCAUUCAAGAUUUCAUCUUUGCACGAGAAGUCAAGAUGGGCGCCUACAGUGAUAAAGCGCCGCCACAACCUGGUGUAGCGGUCGGUGCUCAAAGGAUGGUCGAAGACUCAAAUGAUGAGCCGCAGUACGGCGACCGUAUACCCUAUGUUAUUAUACGAGGCGAACCAAACGCUCGAUUGGUCGAUCGUGCUGUCAGUCCUGAAAAGGCUCUCGAUACUCGGAAUCUCGACGGAGCGUACUACAUUACAAGAGUCCUGAUACCUCCUCUAGAACGUAUAUUUAACCUCGUUGGUGCAGAUGUUAGGGCAUGGUACGACGAAAUGCCAAAGAAAACUCGUGCUGAUGAAGUUGACACCGUACCUAACUCACCGAGAACAUUCACCAAUAAGACAAUCUUGCCCAACAUUGGGGAACAUUUUAGGAGCAAUCAAAUCGCCGAAGAACGCCUGAAGACUGGCUACCAGAUAUGUGCAUCCUGUACAAAGUCAGUUCCCUCGGAGCCUAUCAAAUGCGAGUCAUUAGACUGUCCAUGGUUUUUUGAACGGAAGAAGGCUGAGGUCAAAGCGGAAAAUGCCAUUCUGAUACAUACGUUACUCGAUGGGAUGGAAGUUGGAGAAUGA